GGGUCGCUGGUCAUUGUACGGUGAGGCUGCAGGGAGAGCACCGGGCGCAACACAACUGCCCUAACUGUGGUCAUAAUAUAGCGGGCUCUGCUCUAUAGCCAUACAGACCGUGCGGGCACAAUCUGGAAGUGCCCCACCUGAGCCCACUGUGAAUAUCAGCACCGUAGCCAGCUGCUCCCUUCCCCCCCCCGUUAUCUGACACUAGGUGACAAUGAGGUUGUCUCCGCGGGCAGCUAGUCCAGUCCCAGAAAUCAUGUGCAGUCAGUGCAACGGAGGGUGCAACAACAAGGAAAUGGGCACCCGCGUCCCUCACCCAUUAGGACAUGGGCCUAGUCGAUUUAUUCCAGAAGAAGAGAUUCUUCAAGUUGGGAAUGAAGAUGCCAAUAUGCACUCGGUGUUAGCCGAAGCCUUUGCAGAUCUGGGUCGCCUGGAUAAUAUAACUCUGAUUAUGGUGUUUCACCCCCAGUAUUUGGAAAGCUUUCUGAAGACACAGCAUUACCUGCUGCAGAUGGAUGGUCCUCUCCCAGCGUGUUACCAGCACUACAUUGGGAUUAUGGCUGCAGCAAGACACCAGUGCUCUUAUCUCGUUAACCUGCACGUUAAUGACUUCAUUCAUAGUGGAGGAGACCAAAAAUGGCUGGAUGGUCUAGUAAAUGCCCCUCAAAAGCUGCGCAAUUUGGGAGAAUUAAAUAAAAUGUUGGCUCACAGACCCUGGUUGAUCACAAAAGAACACAUUGAGCAACUGCUGAAAACUGGAGAACACAGCUGGUCUCUGGCAGAAUUGAUCCACGCAGUAGUUCUUCUCGCACACUAUCAUUCCUUAGCUUCUUUCACAUUCGGUUGUGGAAUAAAUCCUGAAAUUCAUAACUAUGGAGGCCACACGUUCCGGCCCCCAUCUGUAGGCAACUAUUGCAUCUGUGAUAUCACAAAUGGCAACCAUGAAGGCCAUCAUCAUCCGACAGGAAGUGUGACACCUUCUGAAUCCUCUUGUGAAGUUGAAGCUUUGAUGGAGAAAAUGAAGCAACUUCAGGAAAGUAGGCCUGAUGAAGAAGCAACUCAAGAAGAGAUGGCAACGCGUUUUGAGCGUGAGAAGAGUGAGAGCAUGUUGGUCAUUGCUGCAGAUGAAGACCCAUCACCAGCUAGAAAUGUAUCCCAACACUUUGAAGACACCAGUUAUGGAUAUAAAGACUUCUCCCGCCGUGGAAUGCAUGUGCCUACUUUCAGAGUGCAGGAUUACUGCUGGGAAGACCAUGGCUACUCUUUAGUUAAUCGUCUCUAUCCAGAUGUUGGGCAGCUACUAGAUGAAAAGUUUCAUAUUGCGUACAACCUUACUUAUAAUACCAUGGCAAUGCACAGUGACGUUGAUACUUCCACACUGAGACGUGCCAUAUGGAAUUAUGUUCACUGCAUGUUUGGAAUAAGGUAUGAUGACUACGACUAUGGAGAAAUCAAUCAGUUACUGGACCGCAGUUUUAAAGUUUACAUAAAAAAUGUGGUAUGUAGUCCAGAGAAAACCACAAAGCGAAUGUAUGACAGUUUUUGGAGGCAAUUCAAGCACUCUGAAAAGGUCCAUGUUAAUUUGCUUCUUAUGGAAGCGAGAAUGCAAGCGGAACUGCUUUAUGCUCUGAGAGCAAUCACUCGGUAUAUGACCUGAGUUCAUCAGACUUGACUUAAAGAAUGUUUCAAAAGUUCCUUUAUGGGUUCUGAACUUCUUCCGGGUGCCCUUGGCCUCUUUGGUAGCUAAUAUUUCAGAUAUCCAUUGUGCCAUAACUCAUAUUGGCUGUUUACAGUCACUGAAAGACCGUAAACAACUUACAGAUCAACGUUGUAAUGACGGGAUGCCAUCGUCCUAUCUUGUCAUGAAUGUGCAAGGCUUAUCUGUACAUUGCAAUCCAGCAGUCACAUGUGUAUCCGGUUAUGGCUACAUAGGCAUUAUGAGUUUCAUUUUCUACUUUCCCAAGAAGGUGGACUGGGAAAUAUAUGCUUUUCUCAUAAGUGUGUACAUUAAACUGGUGCUGCUAUUCUGCUGAACCGUGACAACCGAUGCAGGCGUCCUAAUGAAGCUAUUUAAUAAAAAUAAAAAAAAAUAAAAAAGUGAAAAAAAAAAAUUAAUGGAGAAGGUGAACAUUUCUACAACCUGAGCCCAUUCUUACAUGUUUGCAUUUUUUCCUUUACAUUUGUGUGCUCAUUUGCAAAUUGGCCAUAUCGGCAAUCCUCCUGCAUCCCUAUUUUGCAGGUUACGGCUCACUUUUGGCUAUGUUUUUGCUGUUAAAAUUCAAAGCUGUGAGAAUUUUUUUUUUUUUUACCAUCUUUUUCCAUAAUGGUUGAAAUCUAAGUUGUCUUCCUGAAAAAAUUUAUAUAUUUUCACAAUCUGCUCAGAAUUUUCACAACUACAAGGAAUGUGGAAUAUACUUCUUGGUUGUGGGAUGUACACUUGGUAUUUGCAAGUUUUGCCAUUCAGUUUCCUGUAUCUGGAGUACAGAAAGUGAGUUGGGUAGUGAACGGACUUCAUUUGUUUUGAAUUAUUGGUCAACAGUUUGCAGCUGCUUAGUACAACACCGUUGGAUUUUUUUCUUUUUUAAGAAUAAUAACCGGUUUAAUAAUGUGAAAAGUUGAGAGGAAAAAACUGGUUAACUGGUUUUGGGAAACAAAUGUAAAAACUGAAGACUUAUGAAAUUAGUGAAUGUUAAAAACUCUUUCAAAGUCUCUGCACUUUUUUUUUCUUAAAUAAAAAGUUAAAGCAAA